UACACACCCUCACCCUCACCCUCACCCUCACCCUCUCUUCUCUAUAACCUUUGUCUUUGGUACACUUUUCUCUAUCUCCUCUUUUCUAUUACUUUCAUUCUCUUCUUCUAUCACAUCACUCUCUUUUAUUCCUUUCUUCUCUUCUGGACGUACCUAAACUUUUUUUUUCUCUCUUUUCUCUUUUAAUAACUCUCACCAUCGACUUUCAUGCAUUAACUACUUAAUUAUCUUUUAAUUAAGAGCUAGAUAAAGUUUCCUUUUCACUUCAGAUCCAUCACUUGCUCAAAGGUUACUUUAUUUUAUUAGUCUAUCAGAUCAAUUAAUUUGUUGCUAUGGAUUUAGAGUUUCAAUAUCAAGAAGAGUUUUGGAGAAACUCAAGAGGAGUGCAACUUUUCACCUGCAAAUGGUUGCCAUUGUCUUCUCCAAAAGCUCUGGUUUUUCUUUGCCAUGGUUAUGGUAUGGAAUGCAGUCGUUUCAUGAGAGAGUGUGGAGUGAGGCUAGCUUGUGCUAGAUAUGCUGUGUAUGGUGUUGAUUAUGAAGGACAUGGACGUUCUGAUGGUGUUCGUUGUUACAUUAAGAACUUCAAUAACAUUGUUAACGAUUGCUAUGAAUUUUUCAAGUCAGUUACACUGCUUCAAGAGUAUAAGGGAAAGGCUAGGUUCUUGUAUGGAGAGUCCAUGGGUGGAGCGGUUAGUCUUCUGUUGCAUCAGAAGGACGCUUCAUUCUGGGACGGUGCGGUUCUUGUCGCGCCCAUGUGUAAGAUAUCAGAGAAGAUGAAGCCGCACCAAGUGGUCAUUAACGUAUUGACUAAAGUUGAAGAUAUUAUACCAAAGUGGAAGAUUGUUCCAACAAAAGAUGUCAUCAAUUUAGCUUUCAAAGAUCCCGCUAAACGAGAAAGGAUAAGGAAAAACAAGUUGAUAUACCAGGACAAACCAAGGCUAAAAACAGCAUUAGAAAUGUUAAGAACCAGCAUGAGUCUUGAAGACACAUUAUACAAGGUGACUAUGCCGUUUUUUGUAAUGCAUGGAGAAACUGAUACGGUGACAGAUCCAGAAGUAAGCAGAGCAUUAUAUGAGAGAGCCAGUAGCAAAGAUAAGACCUUUAAAUUGUAUCCUGGAAUGUGGCAUGGUUUAACAUCCGGCGAGCCUGAUGAUAACAUCGAAAAGGUCUUCGAAGACAUUAUAACAUGGCUAGACAAACAUGCUAACAGUAAUAACAGUAUUGCUUUUGAGUCUUCUAAUCCAACAAUUGAGAAAUUUACACCAGUUGUAUCAUCAGCAAACACUGGUAUGAGGCAAACUCGUCCACGAAAAAGUUAUCUUUGUGGAUUGAAAGGAAGUCGUUCGUUACAUCACUCCGCAAAUUAGACUAAUAAUUCACACACUCUGGUUGGAACUGUGAUGUAGCUAUAUAUUAGUUUACUAUGGACAUCUUUUCCAUUUUGCCUAAUUUCAGUAUGUUAUUUACCUUUUCAUCUUUGUUUUUUUGCACCUUGCAACAAUAAGUCAAUAAUAGAUUGUUAUGCUUGUUUAA